ACUUUUCUUGUGCAACAAAGUGAAGAGCAAGCUUUGAGUACAGUGACAUUGUUAUGAUUUCAACACAGUACAUCAAUUACCCCAUCUGUAAUAUGAUAAAGAGCUGACCAUCUUGAUCAGAUGGAGAGACAUGGAGACAUGGAGACAUGGAGGCAUCCCGCUAGCUUCUUCUUCUUCUUCUUUGCGACAUGACUCUUUUUCUAUCUUUCUACGAAUUUUGUUAUCAACGAAAAGUGCACGAUCAUGCCAAUAAAAGCGUAGCUGGAAUUGGAUACGGAUUCGGGAAUGGGAGUGGGAAUCAGAGCGAGAAUGAAACUGGGAAUCGGGAACUGGGAACUGGGGAAAAUGCUUGGCAUGGUUGUUGGCAAUGUGGAGGAAGCCAGAAGCGAAAUCCAGAGUCCAGAACUCAGAACUCAGAACUGAGAAGUCAGAACCCGGGAGUGGCAAAUAGACAUACAGACAUACAGAACAGAUAUAUAGUCAGUAGUUGAGCUGGAGAUGCGAGAUGGAGAGUCAUGGACACGUAUGAAUUCCCAUAAAUCAGCUGUGAGCCAAAGGGUCAAAUACCUCUAGGCGAGCUAAAAAUUACACGCGAACAGAGAACAUGUGUUGAAAGGAGAAAUUAAAACAAAAUUAGUUUUACUUUACACGCUCUGUAUACAUACAUAAGUAUUUGUUGUAUCUCUGCAUUUGUAUCUGUAUCUGAGUGUCUCUGUAAGUGUAUCUCUUACUGCCUCUCUGUCUCUGUCUUUGUAUCUGUAUCUGUAUCUAUGUGUGUAUCUUAAUUUGUCCGAUUCAUAUGAAUCUGUAAAGUUGGCUAAUGAGAUGGAAUGUAACUCUGCUGCCCAGCAGAUAC